CAAAAUGGCGAAUGCUGCAAGUCCGGAAGUGGAUUUUUCCGCUGAAGGAGUGCGGGAUUUUAUUAUAAAACAUGGUGGGAAAGUCAGCAAUGUUGCCGUGGUGGGACACUUCAUGGCCUAUCUACGGCACCCCGACAAGGAAGUUAAAGAGGCAAACCGGAAGAAAUUUAGAGAGUACAUGAAUGAAGUUGCGGUAAUAAAGAAAGAUGAAAAGGAUGACAAAGUUGUCGUUCUCAAGAGGAAAAAGAAAGAAAUGAAUUACGGAGACUUCGUGGAUCAUCCCAAGCUGGUGAUCUUCAAGGACAACCCAGCUCAACUUUCCCCGGUCAUCUCGGAUCCCAUACCCAUCGUACCGAACCCGACCGAAGAACCAGCUAGACCCCCUAGGAGGAGUGAUGAUGCUGAUAAAACCAUUGCCGUGGUUACUGGCCCGUUGGUUACGGAUGAUGGGAUGGCAUACACAGGACCUAGAGAGCAAGGAGAUGUCUUAAGUACCAAAGAAGGAGAGCGGAUUAUUGACCAGAAGAGGCAGAUUCAGAGCGUGAAGAGCUUUGCCGAUAUCUUCGACCAAGAGGUGCAAUCAAAGAAAGAGGAGGUGGAUCGGUUAAAGUCACCGAUUAGAUCUCCUCAGAAGACGGCGAACAAACGAGAAACAUCUGAACAAAACGGGGAGGUCAGUGCAACGAGGCAAGAGGAAGGGCAAGGCUCAUUAAAGGAUGACGAUACAGCGGCCAUUAUCUCGCCUGACUCUUCCAGAAACAGCCUUAACUGUGAGGAUGCAUUAUUAGUACCACAGCCUGGACUCCAGUCCAGUGGUACAAUGCAAUCUAUUAGCAGUGAAGCCAGCACAUCUUGUAGUACUGAUACCAUUAUGCAUUGGCAACAGUUGGAGCCCCUGGAACACCAAUGGAUGAUGGAAGCUGCCAAGGCAAACUUAACUGCAUUAUCAAAUCUCCUCAAACAGGACAUUUCAUUGGCAGGGAAAAAGGAUUUCAUCACGGUGAGUGUUAUAUUCUACUUCAAUGAUUGCAUUAAACUACUUGUAUAA